CAGGGAAGGGUUAAACGUUCUUGGGCUUCCUAGGCUCUCGCCCCUCCCCUCCUGAACUUCCUCUCCAGCCUUGGCCUCGGAACCCAGAGCCACCAGCCACCCUUGCGCCCUGCCCCGGGUCAUCAUGGCCUGCCUGAGUCCCUCACAGCUCCAGAAGUUUCAGGAGGAUGGAUUCCUAGUGCUGGAAGGGUUCUUAUCUGCAGACGAGUGUGAGGCCAUGCAACGGAGGAUUGAUGAGAUCGUGGCCGAGAUGGAUGUCCCUCUCCACUGUCGCACGGAAUUUUCUACCCAGGAGGAGGAGCAGCUGCGAGCCCAGGGCAGCACAGACUAUUUCUUAAGCAGCGGUGACAAGAUUCGAUUCUUCUUUGAGAAAGGCGUCUUUGACAAACAAGGAAAUUUCCUGGUCCCACCGGAGAAAUCCAUCAACAAAAUUGGCCAUGCCCUACAUGCUCUCGACCCCGUCUUCAGGCAUGUCACACACUCCAGCAAGGUGCAGGCUUUGGCCAGAAGUCUGGGCCUCCAGAUGCCUGUGGUGGUGCAGAGCAUGUAUAUCUUUAAGCAACCUCACUUCGGAGGUGAAGUCGCCCCUCACCAGGACGCCUCCUUCCUGUACACGGAGCCCCUGGGUCGGGUGCUGGGCCUGUGGAUUGCCCUGGAAGACGCCACGCUGGAGAACGGCUGCCUCUGGUUCAUCCCUGGGUCCCACACAGGUGGAGUGUCGAGAAGGAUGGUCCGGGCCCCUGCUGGCUCGGCGCCUGGCACCAGCUUCCUCGGGUCGGAGCCAACCCGGGAUAACAGCCUCUUUGUGCCCACACCAGUGCUGAGAGGGGCCCUCGUCCUGAUCCACGGAGAAGUGGUUCACAAGAGCGAGCAGAACCUCUCUGACCACUCGCGCCAGGCCUACACUUUCCACCUCAUGGAGGCUGCUGGCACCGUCUGGAGCCCAGAUAACUGGCUCCAGCCGACCCCCGAGCUGCCCUUUCCCCCACUGUACACCUAAAGGCCCUCUCAGGGCAGGGACACGUCCGCUCUCGGGUGAAGCUACGGGCCACCAACACCAGCGCCUUGCCCGACCGCCUGGCCUCAACAGGGAAGCCACGUCUCUCCUCCAGGGAUUUCCUCAUGCUGGUGUCUCUGCAGACAGGCGGGCACGAGGUGGUAGCCUGGUAGCAGGAGCCCGGGCUGGGUGCCCUUCCUGACAUCUCUCUCCGCUUUUCCCUACCCUAACACAACCUGCCCCGAGAUGCAGCCUCACAGCCAUGAAAAGGGUUCUCGCUUCUUUGCCGGCUUCUCAGUCUUCUCCCCUCUCGAUGGAAGUCUUGGUUAGUAUGGUGGGAGACACUGAAUAAACACGACUUCCAAAUGCA